AUGAGUUGCAGUUGGAGACAGAUAGUUGUCGCAAGUAUCAUGCUUGCAACCGGUACUAUAGAUACAACUACUCGUAAAGUUAUGUAUCAAACAGACUGUAUUAACAUUGAUGGAGGAACAGAAAAGUUCGAUAAAGCAUGGUUAUGCACCUUCAUCAUGUUCCUUGCAGAGUUCUUCUGCAUGAUUAUAUAUUUACUAUGCGCAUUAUACUACAGAUGCACACAAAAGAAAGUUGAUGAAGAGGAAAUCUCAGAAGCAAUUGAUCAAGAGGAAAAGAAGACAUUCGAUGCAUCCAAGGUAAAGAUUACAUUUGUUACACGUGAAGAGGCUAUUCAUAACCCAACAGGUGGACUCAAUUGGAUUUAUCCUCUUUACAUUUUCCUCUUCUCAGCAUGCGACUUACUUGGUACAACAUUCAUGGGCAUUGGUCUCGUUUACUGUGAUGCUUCUGUUAUUCAGAUUCUCAGAGGCUUCGUUAUUGUUUUCACAAUGCUUCUUUCUUGGAUCUUCCUUCACCGCAGACCAAACAGAUGGCAAGUUACUGGCGUUAUCUUCGCCCUUCUUGGUCUCUGCAUGGUUGGUGGUUCAGCCAUUGGCCAGGAUACAAUGACAAGUGGUGGUCCAAAGUUCCCAGCAAAUGCUCUUCUUGGCAUUGCUUUGACUCUUCUCGGACAGAUCUUCUCAGCAAUUCAAUUUGUCUUUGAAGAGAAGCUUCUUAAGGGUAUCAUUUCCCCAAUUCCACCACUCUUCCUUGUCGGUUCUGAAGGCCUUGCUGGAUCAAUCCUUUCUCUUUGCAUUGCACUUCCUGUUGUCAAUGCUAUCAAGGGAAGCGAUCAUGGAUCACUUGAAAACUGGAGAAACGCUCUUUACGUCACAGUCCACACCAAGCAAGUUCUUAUUCUUCAAAUCAUCACUCUCUUCUCAAUUGCUUUCUUCAACUGGUCUUCCUUCCUUUACGCAAAGAUGGCUUCUGCUAUUGCAAGAACAUUCAUCUCUGCUUCUGUCACAAUCGUCGUUUGGAUUACAAUGGCAAUUGUUUACUACGCAACACAUGGCGAAUACGGUGAAGGAUUCCACCUUUGGUCUAUCUUGGAAGCUGUUGGUUUCAUUGUUAUGAUGCUCGGAACAACAACAUUCAACAACAUUGCUUCUGUUGGUGAAAAGAUAACUUCGGUGCUCUGCUGCUGCCUUGGCCCACGUGAAGAAGAUGACAGUAAGGAACUCGAUUCUUCUUCAAAGAAGGAUAGCAGUGAUGAAGCUCAGGCUGAGCUCUAA